AUGCGGCGUGAUAUAUCUCUCCUCUCCCCCUCAGCAACCCCUUCAGAAUCUCCUAGGAAGCCGUCACGAAGUAUGAGCAGCAUAUGCACCAGGUCUACAACUACUGUUGCUGCUACUCCCUCUACGAGAAAAGUGUAUGGCAAGGGGCAGACAAAUGCUGCGCGCGCAGUUCUCGAACGGGAUGUCAAUAAUCAUGUUCUGAAAAGGGCUUCUGCUGUCGUAAAAACACAGGAGCGCAUAGAGUCCGCGAUUGAUGAUAUGAUUACGGCUGUCUCUGCGCUUCAGGUGGGCGCUGGUAAUGGAACGACAAAACGUCUAAAUGAACAAAGAGAAGAGGGAGUCAACACUACAAUCAAACAACAAGCAGAUACCGAGGAGGAAAAGGAACAGCAGCAGCCCAUCAUCAAGAUACGGACACUAGAAGCCCAAACACAAGCACAAGAACAAACCAAACCAAAACCUAACCCCAAACGAAAACCCCGCAGAUCCUCCGGCCGUAUCGAAGACAUAAAGCUAACAGACUACGUCCGCCCCAUCCUCAACGAAGCCACCUCCCGAAUCUCCUCACGUGGAAUCCAGCGAUUCGCAAGCUGGUCCCGGCGCGCGGGUGACAUGUUCACCGUUGAAAAGAUCGCAGAGGGCUCAUACGGCGAAGUCUACCAAAUGCGCUUCAGAAACGCUGAUAUCCCAUCCGAGAGAAAUAAUAACAACAACCUUUCCAAGUCCCGUAUGGCACGUCUGAAGGCCUAUUAUCGCGAUGGCGUGUUUAAAAUCAUUCCCCUCCGCGCGCAGCGGGGUGUCGGCUCUAAGAAAUUCACCGCAGUGUCCGAGAUAGUGGCGGAGGUGCAGCUGCUUAAGCUUCUGGAUCCAAUCCCGGGAUUUGCCAGGUUUAGGGAGGUGCAUGUUGUGCAGGGGCGGUUUCCGGAGGCGUAUCAGCAGGCGUGGAUGAGGUAUAGCCAGACGAAUAAGGGGGAGAAUUGUCUGAAUCCCGAUCCGAGUAAGGCUAAGUCGUACCCGGAUACGCAGCUGUGGGCGGUUUUGGAGAUGGAUAAUGCGGGCAUUGAGUUGGAGAGGUUUGAGUGGGGUUCUGCCUGUGAGGCAUAUGAUAUCUUUUGGGGGGUUGCGCUGGCGUUGGCGAGGGCGGAGCAGUUUGCGGCUUUUGAGCACCGGGAUCUGCACCUUGGCAAUAUAUGUAUCAAACCUACGAAAAAGAGAAUUUCGACGGUGGGAUUGCCUAAAUCAAUCAAUGCGGCGUUGCAGGGAGACCUGACUGGGUUUGGAUUGAGCGGGCUUGAAACUACGAUUAUUGACUAUUCGCUUUCGAGAGCGGAGUUGCAGCCAGAGGGGAAUUUGGAUGAAAACGAGUCGCGGAAGAAACAUCCAGUGGUGGAGAUUGCCUGGUCGGAUCUGGAUCAGAGGCAGAUCUUCGACGCUGUUGGGCGGGACGAAGAUGAGAAACUCCUUCGAGAUACUUAUCGAUAUAUGCGAUCCCAAGUAUACCACCAAGACGACCUUCUCAGCCCCACGCAACCCGCCACUAAACCCGGACAAUGGAAAAACUACAACCCCAGAACGAACCUUAUAUGGCUCUCAUUCCUUCUGCAAAUGCUCAUGAAGAAAACGAAACCGUCUCCAUGCCCUUACCCGCGGCCGGCGCCAGAACAACAGCAACAGCAACAGCAACAGCAGCAACGGCGGCAGCCACUCACACAGCGGCCCGCAAACUGCAAAUUGGACAACAAUAUCCCCAUCAACAACGGAAACUCUCCAUGCAAGACGGUGAAGAAUGAGAAGAAAACGCAGCAGGCCCAUGUCACCAGGGAUGACGAAAAUGGCAACAGGGGGAAAAAAGCUGGGUCGGGCGUCGAUGUGGAUCUGGAUAUUGCAUGGCGGAAGCUGGAAGCGGAGUUGGGAAUGCGUCUACAGACGACAGCGGAGAUGUUGAGUGUGCAGUGCGGGAUUGAGGAGCUGUGUUCUGCUGGGGAUCUGGUGGCUGUUGCAAUUGGGGCUGGCUGGUUGGGGGAGGGGGAUUUCUUGUGUUAG